AUGACAAGUGAUCUUCCAGCCAGAGCACGAGAUGAGGUGAUUGAAGUUUUGAUGGGCGCUGGAGCCGCGAUGGGUCAUCGCAAUGCAGCUGGGAAGACACCGCUACAGAUACUCGAUGAGCGCACGAAAAAGAUGGAGGAGAGAUGGCCGCAAGAGCUAGCCCACCGUGCUAACUAUGUGUGA